AUGGCAUCAACCGCCCCGGGCCGUCCCGAGACCCUAACACCCGAGCAAGAACUAAAGCUCAAAGAAUUCUGGAACGUAACAUUAUCCCUCUUCGGCCAAUCCGCCGCCCAACUCGAAGCCGCAGCAUCGACAUCUCUCGCCGAAGACACCGCUGCAUUAUCACUCGAAAACGCAACCGCUGAAACAACAGCUGCAGCUGCAGCAGACGAAGCAGAAACAGAACCUGCCGCUGGCGGCAAGUCGAAAUCCAAACGUUCAAAAAUCUUCAGCAGAUCCAAAAAGGACAAGGAAAAGAAAGAAAAGGAUAAAGACUCCAAGGAUAGCAGCGUAAACAGCAGUAGGAGUAACUUGACAGUUCCAGAAAGCACCAUUUCGAACCGUCCUUCCCCUCCACCGGGCCUGACCACAGACCCUGAGGAUAAAUACAACCAAGGCAAAGACUUCAAAGCCGCUUUGGCAAGCCAAACGCCUGAAGAACUCCGAACGACAUUCUGGGGUUUCGUUAAAUACGACAAUCCAGAUGCUCUUCUCCUUCGCUUCCUCCGCGCCCGAAAAUGGGAUGUAGAAAAGGCCUUGGUGAUGAUGGUAUCAACGAUGCACUGGCGCGGUCAGGAAGUCUACGUCGAAGAUAUUGCUCGUGAAGGUGAAGCAACUGCUUUCGCAGCCGAGAAAACGGACAAAACAGCAGAAGGGUUUAUGAAACAGUUAAGGAUGGGCAAGAGUUAUAUCCACGGAACGGAUAAGGAGGAACGUCCUGUUUGCUAUGUUAACGUCAGGCUACACAAGGCGGCCGAUCAGACACCUGAGAGUUUGGAAAGGUAUACUAUUUACCUGAUUGAGACGACAAGGUUGAUGUUGAAGCAGCCCGUCGAUACUGCUGCGAUUGUAUUUGACAUGACUGGGUUCGGAAUGGCCAAUAUGGAUUACACACCCGUCAAAUUCAUGAUCAAGUGCUUCGAAGCCCACUACCCAGAAUGUCUGGGUAUCUGUCUCGUCCACAACGCUCCUUGGAUCUUCCAGGGUAUCUGGAAAAUAAUCCGAGGCUGGCUCGACCCCGUCGUCGCCUCCAAAGUCCACUUCACCACCAAAGCCACCGACCUAACCGAAUUCAUCUCCCUCGCCCAACUCCCCAAAUCCCUAGGCGGCGACGAAGACUGGGAAUACAAAUACAUCGAACCAACCGCCACCGAAAACCCAUCGAUAACAUCCCCAACACCGGCAGAUACAACCGAAAAGGAAUCAUUAGAAACAGAAAGAUUAAGAAUCAUCGAAGAAUAUGAGAAAAACACCAGAGAGUGGAUAAAAGAAGAAUCAAAGGGGGCCAAGGUUGACACCGAUGUUAAGGAUGAAAGAAGCGGGUUGAGGGAACGGUUGAGGACGAAUUAUUGGGGGCUUGAUAGGUUUUUGAGGGCUAGGACUUGGUACGAUCGUGUUGGGAUUGUUGGUAAAAAUGGCGAUGUGGAAUUUUAUCCUCAGAAGGAUAAUAAAGUGGAGGAUACGAAGGAGAAGGUGAAUGGUAAUGGUGCUUCUGCUCCUGCUGCUGUUAGUGCACCGGCACCUACUUCGGAUGAUGAUGAGCUAGAUUAA